CAGAACAAACUUCACUUGACAGUUUUGUAUCAUAUAAAAGUGCUACAACGAAUGAAGAUUCUAGUCCAGAGGAGUCAGAUAAUAAUUCUAGCCUAGAAGAGUUAUAUGAUCAUAACUCAGAUGAGUUUAAUGAUGAUAAUAUAAUCUUAAGAAAUUCAACGAAUGUGUCCUCAUCCUCUGCAGCUACUACUUCUUCACGAAUACCUGCAAAGAGAAAAAAAAAAUACACAAGAAAAGAUAAAAUUACGAAGUUUAAAUACUGUGAUGUUGAAGUAGAUAAGAGUAAUGAUAUUUUAGAAAAAUGCAAUACUGAAUUUAAGCCCCAUACUGCAGUUACCAAUAUCGCUUCACAUUUGCGUACAGUACAUAGAAUUUAUAAAGACCAAAAACUUGAUGCACCUAUAAUAUCUCCAGUUGAAAGCACUAAAAAACCACAAACAAUUAAUUCUAUGUUAGAAAAUACACAACCAUUUGCUGAAAAAAAGCAAAUUCGUGCUACUUAUCGUUUAGUAUCCUGGUUAGUUGAAUUAAUGAUGCCUUUAGACUGUAUUAACCAUGAUCGAUUUAGAGAUUUUUGUUAUGAAGUUAGUCCUCAAUUUGAAGUUCCUUGUACAAAUACUAUUAAAAACAAAAUUGCAGAGUCAUUAUGA